AUGAGGGCUGUGAGCACAGAGAAGGCGUCCCGCAGGCGGGGAGCCCCGUGGCUGCCAGGCCUGCUGCUGCGCCUGCUGCUGUGGGGCAGCCCGGGGGGGCGGGCCAGCUACCUGCGCAGGUCCUCCAGCUGCACCGCCAUCCCGCGCAGCAUGGCCCUGUGCUACGACAUCGGCUACUCGGAGAUGAGGAUCCCCAACCUGCUGGAGCACGAGACCAUGCCGGAGGUGAUCCAGCAGUCCUCCAGCUGGCUGCCCUUGCUGGCCAGGGAGUGCCAUCCCGACGCCAGGAUUUUCCUCUGCUCCCUCUUCGCGCCCAUCUGCUUGGACAGGCUCAUCUACCCAUGCCGCAGCCUGUGCGAGGCCGUCAAGAGGAGCUGUGCACCCGUCAUGGCUUGUUAUGGCUACCCCUGGCCUGAAAUCCUCAACUGCAACAAGUUCCCUGCAGACCACGAGCUGUGCAUCGCUGCCGUCUCCACGGAUGAAAGUUCCUCCAGCAGGAGAACAGUGCCUCGAGCCAGUUGCAAGGACUGCGAGCUGGAAGAGGCCAGCACCACCAGGGAGAUCCUGGACAGCCUCUGUGCCAACGAUUUCACAGUGAAAAUCCGAAUCCUCAGGAAGAACACGACCACAACCGUCUCCGACUUCGACCUGGACCCCUCCAGGGUGGAGGUGCUGAAGCACGGCCCGCUCCUCAGAACUGAAAUCCCAGGCAGGCUGCAGCAGUGGCUGGACAUCGAUGCUACCUGCGCCCACAACAUCAUGAGAGGCACUCACGCGGGGGUCUUUGUCAUCAGCGGAGAAGUGCAGAGUGACAAAGUGGUGGUGAACAAGGCCUACGCUUGGCAGAAGAAGAACAGGAACCUGCACCAGGCCGUGCGGAGAUGGAAACAUCACCGCUGCCCCGAGCAGGCCGGCAGGAAGGUCUGAGAUCUUGAUCCCAAUGCUAAGAAAUGGCUCCCUUCCCCACAGCUAGAAAACUCCUUCCCCGGGCAGCUGGUGUUUUGGAGACGUACAGUCAGUAUUUUUAGGUGAAUCAAAGCAGUCAUAGUCAGCAGGUAGGGCCUCACUACAGAUCCCUGAGAUAACUAAAACCCUUCUCCAGAGGCAGAGCUUAGAGAUGCAGACUUAACAUAUUCCUACGGCAAGGUCCUGCCAAUCCAGGACUUACAAUGGAUGGCUUUGUGCAGCAUCAGUGCCUUGAAAUCUGCAGGCGAGCAGACUAGAAGACACCUUCGAUAACAUGGGCAUUUGCACAGGUGAAAGGAAACAACCCCUCCUGAGCACACAGCAGACAGCUGAGGAUUUCUGCAUAACUGGGAAUGACCGCUUUUUGACUUCAGGCAUUCAGUUUGGGUCAGAACGUUCUGGUAACCGUGGAGCUACUGAAGAUACCCGCAGAGCCUUGAGAGAGGUGGCAACAACACUGGGAAUCGCUCUCACCAGUGAAUACAGCCACAGCUCAACAUGAGCAGAAAGCAGAAAACUGCAAAUCCCCGAGUGAGAAAAUGAGUUGGAUUUCUACUGUCUAACAAAGCACUGCCCAUGGAAAGUUUUCUACACUGGAUUAAACUUGAGAAUGAAAUAAAAAUGACAGAAAAAAUAAAAAAACCACACAGCUCUGGGGAUAAAUACGUUCUUCCCUGUGCUCAAAGCCUGCAGCCUCAGUUGUGGAGAGAACCGCCAGCUUUGAUGGAGACACAUUGCCUCCCUGUGCUCGUAAAGCACAGCAACAACCCAGCCAAGACUGUCUCUUCAGAUUUAACAUGGGCUGAGAUUAGCACUCACGGCACUCGCACUGCAAUUCAGCCGCGCUCUGACAUUUGUGUAGCAAUUACUUCUUUUUCCCUGAGGCUCAGAAGAAAAACAGAGAGAUUUCCUAUUUUUAUUCCUCCCCGCUGCCUCGUCUCGCAAACUGCCGCCCGACCCGCAGGGCCUGCUGCCAGGUGGUCCCUGUGAUGGCAGCAUCCUCUGAACAGACUGCGUUUUGAAAACACAACAAGUAAAAGCUCUGAAGGUUGAAAAAGGCUUUGUCUGAUAUUUGUUUUCCAUUAAUGGGAUUAUUUGAUUACUGGUGUUUCCCAACUAAGCAGCGCACAGAUGGUCUGACUUACAAGCUUAGAAAUGAUGUCUCAUAACCAGAGGGGGGGAGGGGAUGGGGAAACAGGGCAGGGACUUUUUGAGAGCUC